UCGUGCCGCCGGAAGUGGGAGGUGUCGCGCGCGGGCCGGCGCUCGACCCCUCCCCCGUGGCUCGGCCGCCCCCUCCCCCCGCUCCGCCCGCUCAGAGCGCGAUGGCAGCAUCUGAGGUGGCUGGUGUUAUGGCCAAUGCCUCCAAUCCUCCGGAAUCCUCUUCUAGUUUAUGUGCUUCCAAAUCAGAAGAAAGUCUCCCAGAUGGUCUAAGCCCCAAAGACCCAGCGCAGAAGCAGAAGAACUCACCUCCAUCGAGUGUAAGUAGCCAAACGAUAACCAAGGAGAAUAACAGAAAUGUCCAUUUGGAACACCCAGAGCAGAAUCCUGGUUCAUCAGCGGGUGACACUUCAGCAGCGCAUCAGGAGGUUUUAGGAGAAAACUUGAUAGCCACAGCCCUGUGUCUUUCUGGCAGUGGGUCUCAGUCUGAUUUGAAGGACUUGGCCAGCACAGCAGGAGAGGAGGGGGACACAAGCCUCCAGGAGAGCCUCCAUCCAGUCACUCGGUCUCUUAAGGCAGGGUGCCAUACAAAGCAGCUUGCCUCCGGGAAUUGCUCUGAAGAGAAAUCCCCACAAGCCUCCAUCCCAAAGGAAGGUAGCAGGGACACAGGCUUGGAUUUCCGACCUGUAGUGCCUCCAGCAAAUGGGGUUGAAGGAGUCAGAGUGGAUCAGGAUGAUGAUCAGGAUAGCUCUUCCCUGAAGCUUUCUCAGAACAUUGCUGUACAGACUGAUUUUAAGACAGCAGAUUCAGAGGUGAACACAGAUCAAGAUAUUGAAAAGAAUCUGGACAAAAUGAUGACAGAGAGAACCCUAUUAAAAGAACGUUACCAGGAAGUCCUGGACAAGCAGAGGCAGGUGGAGAAUCAACUCCAAGUGCAAUUAAAGCAACUUCAGCAGAGGAGAGAAGAAGAAAUGAAGAAUCACCAGGAGAUAUUAAAGGCUAUACAGGAUGUGACAAUAAAGCGAGAAGAAACAAAAAAGAAGAUAGAGAAAGAAAAGAAGGAGUUUUUGCAGAAGGAACAGGAUCUGAAAGCUGAAAUUGAGAAGCUGUGUGAGAAGGGCAGAAGAGAGGUAUGGGAAAUGGAACUGGAUAGACUCAAGAAUCAGGAUGGUGAAAUAAAUCGGAACAUUAUGGAAGAGACAGAGCGGGCCUGGAAGGCAGAGAUCUUAUCAUUAGAAAGCCGGAAAGAGUUGCUCGUAUUGAAAUUAGAAGAAGCAGAAAAAGAAGCAGAACUGCACCUUACUUACCUCAAAUCAACUCCCCCAACACUGGAGACAGUUCGUUCCAAGCAGGAGUGGGAAACUAGACUAAAUGGAGUUCGGAUAAUGAAAAAGAAUGUUCGGGACCAGUUUAACAGUCAUAUCCAGCUAGUGAGGAAUGGAGCCAAGCUGAGCAGCCUUCCUCAAAUCCCUACCCCAACUUUGCCUCCACCCCCAUCAGAGACAGACUUCAUGCUUCAAGUAUUUCAACCCAGUCCCUCUCUGGCUCCUCGGAUGCCCUUCUCCAUUGGGCAGGUCACAAUGCCCAUGGUUAUGCCCAGUGCAGAUCCCCGUUCCUUGUCUUUCCCAAUCCUGAACCCCACCCUUUCCCAGUCUAACCAGCCUUCCCCACCCCUUCCUGGCUCCCAUGGGAGAAAUAGCCCUGGCUUGGGUUCCCUUGUUGGCCCUCAUGGUCCACACAUGCCCCCUGCCGCCUCCAUCCCGCCUCCCCCAGGCUUGGGCGGUGUUAAGGCUUCUACUGAAACUCCCCGGCCCCAACCAGUAGACAAACUGGAGAAGAUCUUGGAGAAGCUGCUGACUCGGUUCCCACAGUGCAAUAAGGCCCAGAUGACCAACAUUCUUCAGCAAAUCAAGACAGCACGUACCACCAUGGCAGGCUUGACCAUGGAGGAACUGAUCCAGUUGGUAGCUGCACGACUGGCCGAACAUGAGAGGGUGGCAGCAAGUACUCAGCCACUUGGUCGGAUCCGGGCCUUGUACCCUGCUCCGCUGGCCCAAAUCAGUACCCCAAUGUUCUUGCCUUCUGCCCAAGUUUCAUAUCCUGGAAGGUCUUCACAUGCUCCGGCUACCUGUAAGCUGUGUCUGAUGUGCCAGAAACUUGUCCAGCCCAGUGAGCUGCAUCCAAUGGCAUGUACCCAUGUGUUGCACAAGGAGUGUAUCAAAUUCUGGGCCCAGACCAACACAAAUGACACUUGUCCCUUUUGUCCAACUCUUAAAUGAUGGACCUGACUGGGGAGGAAGAAGAGGAAAACUGAUGUGAACAGGAAGCGCGGGUUCAAGAUUUCUAAAACUCUAUAUUUAUACAGUGACAUAUACUCAUGCCAUGUACAUUUUUAUUAUAUAGGUAAUGUGUGUAUAGAAAGUCUGUAUUCAAAUGUUCGUAAAUGAAAGUAUGUAUAUUAUGCAGAAACAGUUCAAUCCCCCUCAUCUUGCAAUUCUUUUGGGGGUUACAGAUUAUAGGGAAGAUGAUGUUUAAUUUGGCCUUGAAAUGUGAUAUCCUUGCCUGGGGCUGUUAUCAAAUACAUCUAGGAAGCUGCUGUUGCUCUGAGGCCAUCCUGCUUUGGUUUGGCUCAGCCUGUAAUUCAUUUCCUUAAGGCUCAUGUAUGCAGAUUUGAAGCCUGGUGCUCACCUGCUGUCCAACCAGAUGCCUUGCUUACUGAGAGCCUUUGCAAGCCUCAGUGUUGUUCUAGUCCCUCCACUUCAAAUGAGUGAAAUGAGACUCUCUGAUUGAGGUAAAAAAAUGUAACCCUAAUAGUUCGACUCUUCAUUGAAUAUUUUACUGUGUUAAUGCUCAUUAUUUAUACAUAGACAUUAGGUUUACAGAAUAUUCUGUUUUACAUCAGCAAAAUUCACAGUCCAAGAAUAACAACCACAUAACCAAGUCCCAUUUCCCCUGCCAGCUUCUGUCCAACCUACUUUCUGGAUAGAAAUUAGCACAACCCACAGGUUUUUCAUGGGGUAAGCCAUCCCUGGCUACCAUUGGCUUGGCUUCUAGUCUAGUUCUGACAGGCCACCUUGUAAAGUCCUCACCCCUUCCAUUUCACUCUGGUCUCCUAGUCUAGCUAACCCCCCUCCCCCCCCCGAAGGUUAAGGCAGUUGGUUCACAACCAAGUUGUUUGGUGACCUUGGGUGAGCUCCAGACAGGCACUGGGGUGAGGAGGUGUCUGUGCAAAAUUACUUGCAGAAUGAUCUUGGGAUGCUGGGUUUUAAUUUCCAAAGCAAGAAAGGUAUGGGGGAUGUGUUUCCUGUCCUGGGAAAAAUGGAGACCAAAGUGAUAUGAAGAAGGGAGGUGGGAUUUCACAUUUAUAAAUCAUUUGUUCUGUGAAUAUCUAUCUGGAACAAGAUCAUUUUUCCACCUCUGCUUACUGAGCACUUCUGGCUUUUAGGUUUUAUACCUGGGAAGGCUGUGACUCUCUUAGAGCUUUGAAUCUUUUCCUAACCUGUUAUCUUUAUUCCUUCAGGAAAUGGCUUUUGCUCCCUUCUCUUUUGGAGUUAAGCAAGUAAAAACUGAGUGUUAAUCCAAAAAAAAAAAAAA